GGUUGCUCUCCCAAAUCUUCUAUUUCUCUCGCGUACUGUCCAUCUCGUCUUGCCUAACUACAAAACUGGAUACUUCACGAGGUAGCUGUUCACAAUAACGCAACAUAACGGAAGAUUAUCCCAGAUUCUCCUUUUCGAUUGCCGGUCCUUUCCGGUGAAAGCUCUUUAACGUCGAGACGAUUCGUGAGUUGUCGCUUCGAAAAUGUCCGUGACCUUCGCGCAACGCGGCAGGCCACCUCCAAAUCCUGCCCAAAUACAAAAGAUGCUUGAUGAGAAUAGCCAGCUUAUACAGAUGAUUCAGGAAUAUCAAAAUAAGGGCAAGGCACAGGAAUGCAUACAGUACCAGCAAAUGCUACAUCGCAAUUUGGUAUAUCUAGCGUCUAUUGCUGAUGUAAAUCAGAAUCUUCAGACUUUAUUACCUCUACCUCAAGGUAUUCCUAAUGGUCCUCAACAUGGUAUGAUGAGUCCACAAGGGCUUCCAAGUAAUCCAGGUGGUGCAGCUGGUCCUGGAGGAGAAAUGUCACCAAAUACACAGCCAACAAUGCCAAUGUCAACAUUUAAUCAAGGUCAACCAAUGGCACAAGGUUAUCGCGGACCUGUGAUGCCUGGCCAAGGACCUACCAUAAAUAGACCUCCAACUGCACCAGGUCCACAGCAGUAUAGAAGUCCACAAGGUUAUCCUCAACAACCUUCUCCACAAGGUUAUCCUGCUCAAUACACUGGUCAGAAUCCUGGAUCAAAUUACCAAGGUCCACAAGGAUCUGCAUACACUCCUGGUCAACCAAACCAGUAUGGACCACCAAAUGCUUCUCAACAGCAAGGAUAUAAUGCAGCAACGCAACCAAAUUAUGGUCCUCCAACUACAGUAAACAGUUACAGUCCACAACCAGGUUAUCCACCACCAGGUACGCCUCAGCCACCUUCAGGAUAUGGACCACCGCCGCCAAAUCAGCAAGGCUAUCCACCUUCGAACGCCUCACAACAGAAUUUCUCAUCAGGUAGUCAACAACAGCAACCAGGACAAUAUGGCAGUCCUAGCCCACAACCAAAUUAUCAGCAGCCUCCGUCCCAAACGCCAUCUCAAAAUGCAUACGCUGCUGGACAACCCGGAAGUUAUCCCCCUCCUUCUCCACAGACAUACGCGAACAAUGUCCCACCACAAAAUUACCCACCACCUCCGACAACUAGCGCGACUCAACCCCCGCAACCUGGGUCGCAGCAAAACGCAGGUCCUCAGCCCAAUUAUGUUAGUCAACCAAGUCCAGGUCCUGGUGCGACGCAGUACGGUCCUGCCUCUACAUCUCCGCCAUUUAGCACCUCCUCCGCGAGCAGCAACACUUACGCCCAAAGCAGUCAGCCGACAAGCACACCAUCUGCCUCAACGCAGACAUAUCCGCCGAAUAGCGGUCCGCCACCAACAUCACAGGGCGGAAGCUAUGCGCCCUCGGUGCCACCGGCCCCCUCUGGCUAUCCUGUUCAUCAAACACCACAUCCGACGUCGCAUACCCCGCAUCCACCGCCACCACAUUCUCAGUCACCACAUCAACCACAGCAUUCUCAGUCACCACAUCAACCACCGCAUUCUCAGUCACCACAUCAGCCACCGCAUUCUCAGUCACCACAUCAACCACCGCAUUCUCAGUCACCACAUCAACCACCGCACACUCCACAUCAGCCACCUCAUCAACCAACUCAUCAGUCAUCCCAUCAACCACCGCAUCAAUCACCACAUCAACCACAACAGCAAUCUCAGCAACAGUCACAAACAGCUCCGCAGACACAACAGCAACCGUCUCAGAGUCCAGCUCCGAGUGGAUUUCAAUCGCCGUCUGGUCCACCACAAGGUCCUGCUCCACCUCCAGGCCCUCAACAACAACCUGUCUAUGGACCAACUACUACACAGACAUAUGUUCCACCGACUCCAGGAGGGCAACCACAGAUUUAUAGUCCUCAUCCGCCACAAGGGGGACAACAUUAUGGACAUCCUCAAUAUCCUCCUCAAAGUUAUCCUCCACCGCCCGCAGGACAAGGAUAUCCACAGUACCCGCCACGACCACCGGGUGGCCACAUGCCUCCUCCACCUGGACCACAAGGACCACCUCCACCUAAUCAAUAUGGAGGUUACGCUUAUCAGCCACCUACACAAUAAAUACAUCAAUAAC